AAACAAACAAAUCCCCAAAUCGAAUCAACCCCCAUCCCUUCAUUCAUUCAUAUCUGCUUUUCUUUACGUUUGUUCAUUCGAUUUUUUCUUUGGGUUUUCUUUCUUUUUGAUCCUUUUGCUAUUUUGGGUGGUGAAAGAUUGAAGAAUUUUGAUCAUGUCGAUCGCGUUGGAACGGAUAGAAUCGGCGGGGUUCGGGCGGGUAAUGAACUGCGCUUGCGAUAGUUCUAAAUUCGAAUCGCCGCCGCCGGUUAAGGAAACGAAGCAGUUGUUAUUGGCGGAGACGGCGGCGGUUGAAGAGGAGGAGGAUGACUGGAGGGUUUCGUCGUCUACUACGACGUCGUCUUCGAUCGGGAAGAACAGUGAUGAGGUAUCCGGAAUAUCAUCGGACGGUGGUGAUUGCGAGGAAAAUGAAGUUCAAAGCUCUUAUAAUGGUCCUUUAGAUAUGAUGAAUUCCCUUGAGCAGGUCUUGCCUAUGAGGAGAAGCAUCUCGAGUUUCUACAAUGGAAAAUCAAAGUCUUACACGAGUUUAGUCGAUGCAUCAUCAGCUUCCUCCAUUAAAGACAUAGCAAAACCUGAAAAUGCUUAUACUAGAAGAAGGAGAAAUUUAUUAGCAAUCAAUCAUAUAUGGGAUAAAAACAGGAGCAAAAAGUUCAUUAGACCAAUAAGUUCAAGUAAAAGCACAUUAGCACUUGCUGUUGCAAUGAGUGGUUCUGAGACUGAUAGUUUUUCAAGCGCUGGUGAGGAUUCUUCUUCAACUUCCAGUCCUAGGUUAUUACUACCUCCAUUACACCCACAAACGAAAAUGGUUUCUUUGUAUAAUAACAGUAUUAGUAUUACCCCUUCUUCAUCACCGUCGAGUGGUGGCCGGAAUUUCUCUAACUGGCGGUCUUUUUCAUUGGCUGAUGUACGUGAAUAUAACUGACUGUUAUAGUUUUACAUGAGUUUGAUAUACUUUUUAUGAUUGGCUCCUCCUUGUUAAUCUUUAUUUGAUGGAAAAAAAAGAGAGAGAGAGAGAGAGAAGAAAUUGUUGGCCUCCACAAGGAUUUUUUUGUCAGUCUGUAGUUUUCAUUUUUGAGAUCAUAUGAUGCUAAUGAAGUGUUGAUUUCAUUUUCC